AUCAUAAAUCCACGAAGAACUGCGUUGUGGGAGAACAGAAAUUGCGGGGCCAAAGACGUGUGAGUAAGAAGAAUAAUGUGCCACUGCUACCUUAGCUGUGACAUUUCUCCCGACCCGGAGGAUCCGAUGUGAGCAUGCGCACUGCAUCGCCUCUAUGGGGACUGGGAGGACAUCACGGAAAAAACGUAGCAGCGGCACCACCACAAACCUUACGCCGAGAUUGCGCCAGUACCGCGCACGACUACACGGCCCACGACUAUGCCCAGUGCGGUGCUAAAGAGCGGGACGACCCCUUGACGGGCCUAAAACGAAGUCUGCGCCGCUGCAGGGAAGGGGAAACACAUUUCUUCGUAUGGGAGCAGCAUGCGGGAAAUGGUUGGUGGUUGCUGCGUGUGUUCCGACGAGCGAGGCUGGGCUGAGAAUCCACUCGUUUACUGUGAUGGACACGGCUGCAACGUCGCGGUACAUCAAGCAUGCUAUGGCAUCGUCCAAGUUCCCACCGGCCCGUGGUUUUGUCGUAAGUGUGAAUCACAGGAGAGGGCAGCGAGAGUGAGGUGUGAGUUAUGCCCCCACAAAGAUGGCGCUCUCAAGAGGACAGACAGCGGAGGUUGGGCUCACGUUGUUUGUGCUCUCUACAUACCUGAGGUGCAGUUUGCCAACGUCCUCACCAUGGAACCCAUCAUCCUACAGUAUGUUCCACAUGAGCGCUACAUAAAGACAUGUUACAUUUGUGAGGACCAUGGCAGAGAGAGCAAGGCUGCAUGUGGAGCAUGCAUGGCCUGUAACAGACAGGGCUGCAGACAGGCUUUCCAUGUCACCUGCGCUCAGAUGGCAGGCCUGCUGUGUGAGGAGGAAGGCCCAGAAGCUGACAAUGUCAAAUAUUGUGGCUACUGCAAGCAUCACUACAACAAAAUGCAGAAGAAACGCCGUUCCAGUGAAAAUGCAAGUAGUGCCUUCAGUCACUCCCGGGGGCGCUCUACGUCUCCAUCACAGGACAAACACCACCACCAUCGGCAGAGGAAGAGUCACAAGGACAAGAUUCGUCAAAAAGAGCGCCACAAGAAGUCCUCUGACAACCUGGUCCCUUCAGUGAUGCCCAGCAGUAUAGACAUGGUUUCUUCCAGUCACCACAGUUCCAAAGACAAUGAGGCAAAGUCCAAGAAGCUGAUUUCGCAUAGUCAUGGUCACCACAGUAAGAAAACGGGAAGCACUGCGAAGAGUGGCUCCUCUUCCUGUUCCUCAAGUCCAUUCAAUCCAGGUGGAGCUCUAUCUUCAGCUCAAGAUUCCCACCAGUUUUCCUCCUCUUCCCGUCUGGAGCGUGACCGUGAGCGAGGAGGCGGUGACCACAGUGGCGAGGAUCGCAAAGAGCGUCACAGGAGGUCAGCUGUCCAGGGGGCCGAAGAGGGCGGUGAUAAAGGGGGAGAUAAAGAUGAGGAUGAGCAGGAAGAUGAAGAUCGCAAUUAUCAUGAACCGCCCGAGUUGACUCCUGUCGAGGGCCCUCUCGCGGGGUCACAGGGUCACGAUCGGUCUGAGGGAAACUCAAGUCCUUUUGAGAACAAAGUCACAAUUUCAACUUUUGGAUCCAUCAUGCGUAUCACCUCCACGUCAGUGCUGGGUAGUAGCAGCAAGAUUCGCAAGAUCUCCUCUUCGGGAGACUACAAACCUUCUAAGUCUUUGUGUAAGUUGUCUCAAUUGAGCACACCACCUAUCCCAGAAGAAGCGGAACUGGAGGGUAAAAUUAGCCCGCCACCCCUGUCCCAAGAGAGAAGGCACCGUGGCAACAAAAAGAGUCGCCAUGGUCCAGGCCGACCUCGGGGAAGCAAAAACCGAGAGAGGAAAGAGGACACUCAUCAUCACCAUCACCACAACACUGCCCCGCCACCUCCACCACCAGUCUUCACCUCCUCACACUACCCGAGCCCAAUGUCGGCUCCACACCUCACUUUCCCCCCCUCACUGCCCACCACCGCUUCCUCUUCGUCAUUCUCGUCCUCCUCAGCUGGCAGUUUCUCCACAAGCCGUGGCAACUCGCUGCUUGGCUCGGGUAUCUAUUCCAGUCUUAAGAAUCCUCUUUCACUGGGCGGUGGCAUCUGCAGCACCUCUGUCUCUCUGGGUGGUGGGGUGUGUAGCACCUCCUUGUCCUUGGCUGGGGGCAUGUGUAGCACCUCUCUCUCAUCAGGACUCCUCCCUUCCCACGCUCUCUCACUCUCUCUCCCAUCAAGCAAAGCUGCUUCAAACCCACAGAUGCAUCAUGGUUCGAGCAGCUCCUACAGUGUGACUUCCACGCAACCUUUCAUCAGCGGUCUCUCGACACUGCCACCACUACUGAGUCAAGCCCCAACCUCGCUACCAGAGUCAGACGUUGAUGACUGUCGCUUCCCAUGUCAAGGAAACUCGCCAAGGGAAAGUCUUUCCUCACAGUCUCCUAUGAGCUCCCUUCCUCUUCUUUUUGACCAGAGAGAUGGUUUAGGUGCAGGAGUUCAAGCAUGUCCUGAGAACAUCCCCCAGGCAAGCGCUCACAUUGAGCUCCUGUUGGAGAAACAUAGCAACGGAGAGAUUGGCGUCAACAUUGUAGACAUGCUCCAGUCACUUCACUCGCUGCAGCAGGAGAACCAACGGCUCCAGGAUCAGAUUCUCAGUCUAACAGCCAAAAGAGAACGUCUGCAAUUGCUCAACACAGAGCUUGCCGUACCUUUUCCUCAUGGUCAUUCUGUCCAAGGCUCUUUGCACACUGCAACCCGGAUGAACUUCCUGUCUUCAAGUCAAGACCCCCUAAUCACCAAUAAGAGUCCCCUGUCGAAGAGCAGUUUCCUUAAUGACACUUCCUUUGUUACCUCCUCUGAGGACCUCCACUCUGGUAGUCCUUCUCGCAGUAGCUCUUCCCUCUCCUUCCAGAGUACUCCUCCCCCUCAACAAAGCCCCGCCUCCUUGAGUCAAUCCCUGUUGAAUGGGCGAGGUUCAGGUGACAGUUUGGGGCAAAUCAAUCAGGCUGGCAGCUCCACUCAGCCUGUGGCGGGCGGGCUACUUGCAUCUCUUUCAGGAAGUCCUCAGCUGAUGAAUGGGACACUCAGCGGUUUAAACGGGGUGAUAAAUUCUCCUGUCCAGAGUGCCGCCCAGUCGACGCUCCCUGCUCUGCGCCCCCAGCCGCCUCCCCUCAACCCCCAGACAUUGGCACAGAGCUUUCAGCUUCCAAAGACUGCGAGCUCGUCUUCACUUCUAUCAGAGCAGCACAAACAGAUCCUUCUGGAGCAGCAGCAACAACUUCAGCAGUUCCUCACAUCACAGAACUUCACUCCUGAGCAGAGAACAGUUAUUUGCCAGAUGCUUCAGCAGCAGAGACAGAGGGAGCUGCAGCGCCUCACACUGGCAGGAGCCCUCACGUCUGCGCCGAACUCCCCCUUAUUGGCCCAGUCUGCCAACCUGCUGGCCUCAGCCACUUCCUGCCCUCUGCAGGGCAACCAGGGGGGAAACCUUUUUGGUCGACAGGAGGGCGUCCUUCACAAGCCUGCUGCAGGUGAGAAGGGUGGAGACAAGAAUGGAUGAAGUCCCCAGUGAUACUACACCAUCUUAAAUGAAGAUAUUCCUCGAGGAAUAACUGAGGUCAACUCACAUGACAUGAGGACGUCAUUUUUACUCUUGUCGUCUUAAAUGAAUGUACCGUACAACAGGAUGGACUUGGGGGGGGUGAGGUUUUUGUGUAUGGAAGUUGAUUUAUCGGAAGUUCUUUAAUAGUUUGUAUACUGGCAGCUUUUCAGAGAUCAUGAGUACUGUGGUCUCUUCUUAAAUUGCACUAAUUUUAUUAGCUCGACCAACGGGCCUGCUUACGUGGACACCUUACUCGUCCUAACAGGUGUGGUCUUGGUUUUUGGGUUGAAGCAUAAUCUCAAGCACUGACCCUUAAUGAAUCCUUUCCAUAGAUUUUUCCAUAUUUAGACUCUUGGAAAUGAAUGACAUUAAUUCCAUCCACAUGUGAGCCACAUCACCCAUUUGUCUUCCUGGAAAUGUUGUCUUCCCUUUGUGAUCACUGCACCCACAUUUCUUCCAGGCACUUGCUUACAUUUUAUUUUAUACCAUGCGAGAGACUUGCUGUGCUGAUUACUGACGGUACAAGCCAAACGUCACAACAACAAAGACAAAAUGUGGUCAGUUGCAUUUCAAUGUUAAUCUAGGUAUAUUACCUCAAAUUUUCUGCCGUGUUUUUCUACACUGAUGUGUGGCUUCCAUUUUGUGUGAACUCCUUUUACUACCUAUACUGAAUAUAAAAUGCCACAGAAAAUCUUGUCAUUAGCCAUUUUGUAGUUAUUUACUGAUGUCUAAAUAUUCAAAAUAGUGUGUUGUUCCUCCGUACAACUGGCAUUAGUGUGUACUUGCUUCUAUUCAAAACCAGAGACCUUUAUAUCUUUCUAGUUGCUGUGGAGAUUAAGAGGAUGAAACCAAACAUUUGGAAGUUAGAAUUUCUUUUCCUGAAUAAGUUUGCACUUGUCAUGUUAGUAGCUAUGUAGACUUUGUUUUUAAUGAGAAUUGGCACUCAGUUGUUUUGUACAUACAGUACAGUAUAUUUUUGUUCAACAUGUUUUUUUUUCACGUCAGCUAACUCGCUGUUCUUUUAGCAAUACUGGAUAGAUAAUGCCUUAACGAUGCUAAACAUACAGAGAAAAGGUUGAGCUCAAGGGCUCAAUCGCACUCCCUCUUUGGUAGUCUUUUUAUUAGGGGUAGAUGGCACUCAUCAUAAGCCAAUUUAUACAUUUUAUAAGUAACCAGUUUCAUGAAAUGAAAUAUGUGAAUAGCCUGAUAGUCAUAACUAUACUGUCUUUCUUUACUAUCUUUUUUGUGUUUGGCUACAAUAUUUUUUUGUUUGUGAGGCGAGAGAAAAGUACUAAAUUGAAACCCUGCACAGUGGUGUCCAAGCAAAGGAUGUAAACUACAAUAUAAUGAAAACGCUGUCAAAAUGGUGUGUUAUUUGUGGUGAUACCUGCUCAGAAGAUGGUGAAAUGAGGUGCAGGUGAUCCUUACGGGCGCUCUCAUUCAUGGCUGUUGGAAAGCUUCUUCUUGACAUGUGAUGCUUCCAUUCUGUAGCUCCCAUAUUCAGUGAUUUACCAUCACAGAUGGGAUUUUCCUCUUUUUGUUUUUUUGUGUUUUUCUCUUCUUUUUUUUCCCCUGUAGCAAUUGUCAAGGGUCUGGUUCCUCACCUCUUCAAUUUUGAAUAUCGUGUGACAUCUUGAGUGCUACCUAGUGUUGUCUGUAGAUGUCAGAAAGCAAGUUAAACAGCUCACUAUGAGGUGAUUAAAUACUGUAGCAAUGACACAACGGGAAUGUUUAUGUUGAUUUUAUUUAAAAAAAAAAAAGAUGAGCCAACAUUUCAAUAUUAAAAGUGGGACGUCUAUAAUUUUACCAAGUACAGUAUGUCCUGAGAAGACAAUGUCCAAGGAAGGGAGGUGUGGAAAAAACAUUUUUUUCCUUUCCCAUGUUGCACUGGGGCAGUGUAAGCCCAAAACUAUUUUGUGUUGAUUAUGAGUUGUAUAUUUUUUGUGGAAGACUUUUUUUUUUUUUUUAAAGCUUUGAAUUUGGGUUAACCAACAUAAUCCAUGUUGUGAAUGUCGUACUGUGUAUCUUCAGUGUAACAACAUUCGAGCAACCGUCUCACAAUGAGGUUUGAUGGAAAGCAAGUUACUUGUUGGAAUCAGAAAUGCAUAAAAUGCAGUGGUUUGAUUUAUCAAAUAUAUCGUUAAAUACAAAGUUAUUACUAUGCAUGAUUUUAAAUGCAUUGUUCCCUGGCAAAAAAAAGAAUUAAAUGAGCACCCAAUCGUAAUGACAAGCCUAUUGUCAUUGUACAGUGUAAUUGCCUGAAGGAAGUGAUAAAAAAAUGAAUUGACAAUAUUCAGAUGAAAUCCCUGUAAAGUAUUUUGAUACUUUUGUGUUUAAAAUUAAAACAACCGAUGAAUACAGGUUUUUUUUUUGUCAAUAAAUGUAUUUUGCUGAUUUGUUUCA